CUAUUACAAAAGCUUAAAGGUCAAGCCGUCAAGCCUUUUCUCUUCAGAGGGAUAUAUGGAGAUGGAAGACGUGGCACUGUCGAAGCCGUUAGUGCUGCCGGUUUCUAGGGAAGAAGAAAGGAGGUGUUUUGGCUUUGGGGGUGUUGUUAGUCCUGGUUUGACUGCCAGAGAGAAGAAACUGAUUUGUGUGACUGGUGGGAAUUCUUACUUGGGUUCUUCCGUUGUCAAGGAGCUUUUGGCUAGAGGUUACCUUGUUCGAGUCAUCAUUGAAAACCCAGUGGAAUUUGAAGAUGUGAAAGAAAUGAUGGGAGAUGAAGAGCUAAAUUUAUUGGAAAGCGUUGUGGUGGCAAAGAUGGGAGACUUGGAAAGUCUCUGUGAUGCUUUUAGAGGUUGCCAUGCUGUUUUCCAUACCUCCUCCUUUAUAGAUCCACAUGGGAUCUCUGGUUAUACGGAACAAAUGGUAUUUCUUGAGACUGAAGGGGCAAGGAAUGUCAUGGAAGCUUGCUAUGAGGCAGCCUAUGUGAAAAGAUGCAUCUUUACUUCUUCUCUUCUUGCAUCCAUAUGGAGAGGGGAAAAUGUUGGUGGCCGUGUUGAUGAGAACUCUUGGAGCAGUGAGGAAUUCUGCAGAGAAAAUAAGCUUUGGCUUGCAUUAGGUAAGACCAACGCAGAGAAGGUUGCAUGGACAAAGUCUAGAGAACUGAGAGUAAACCUUGUAACAGUGUGCCCUGGACUUCUCAUGCCACCAACAUCCUCAUCUGGUCUUGCAGAAACAUCUUCACCAUAUCUUAAAGGUGGCAGGAUCAUGCUACAAAAAGGCUUAUUAGCAGUAGCAGAUAUGAAGAAGGUGGCUGAAGCUCACGUCCAUAUUUAUGAAGCCAUGGAUUAUGGAGCUUGUGGACGGUAUCUCUGCUUUGAGAAAGUAGUAAGAAGGUUAAAUGAGGCCACUGAUCUUGAGAACAAGCUUAAGAUGCCUGGUUCAUUGUCAAGAGGAGGGCAGGGAACCAUAUCAGAAGAUGCAGAUGAAGAAAUUGAGAACAAUAUUAGUAAUUCAAAGCUUGCAAGACUCUUACUUCAAGCUUCUCAAUACAUCUCUUGUAAGGAAUGAAAUGAUCAAGUUCUUGAACGUUUUUGUUGGAUGUCUAGAAAGAAAUCACAGCAAAUCCAUCCAGAGAAGUUCAAAUUUUGCAAGUCUUAGCCACUACUAAUUUUGAUUGAAUGGAAGUAAAAUGAAUUGCUGGAA